UGUGGUCAGUACUACGGGAUAAUCGUAUGUUCCGUAGCAGUGGACCUCUAAUGUGAUUAGUUAAUUAAUUCAAGGCGUUCGAGUCAUUGCUCAGAAUCAUGUAACGGACUAAAAAAAUUACCGAGAUAAUAACUGUUUGUAGAGUAUCGUCGCAGUUGUUUACUACUACUAUUAUCAGAGGACGCAGGGACUGCACUAGUACUACGUGGCCAUUACAUUGAGGUUAAGACUACUAAUCAGAAAUACAUAUUGUGAUAAUUAGUGUGAUAGUGAAUCCUUCAAACUCGAGAGUCACGUGCUUGAUGGGUUUUAAAUAAGGAGAUAAAUCGGUUGGGUGCUACAAUGUCAGGAAAUACAACAGCUAUGCGGCGUGCAAAGGAUGCUUCGUCUACAUCGAAUGGGACUCAACGAAGUACCCUAACAGCGAAGAAGUCCUCUCAUCCUUCACAAUCACCACUGCAUUCCACCGAAAAGAGCAGUGAUUCAGAUAUAGACCCAGACAGCUUGACCCUAUGGCAUCAUCCAAUUAAAACAUUAAAUUUUUUUCUACAAGAAUUACUUAUUAAUAUUAUUAGCUUAACAAGAAAUACUCUACGAUAUAGAAAAACAGUAUGGAGCUUAGUCAUGGUUUCUGGAUUAUUUCUGCUUUCCAGCAGAGUUGCAGGACCCCAGCAAGAGCUGAUUAAAUCAUGGGAGGCCAACAUUGUGUGGUGGUUCUACUGGGUAGGACUAGGCGUGUUGUCUAGUGUUGGCCUGGGAACAGGUCUCCACACUUUUGUCUUGUACUUGGGACCCCAUAUAGCCUCUGUAACCAUGGCUGCUUACGAGUGUGGCGGUCUGAACUUUCCCGAGCCUCCUUACCCCGACCAGAUCGUCUGCCCGUCUACAAUAGACCCAGCAUGGACUGCAAGUGUCUUGAAUAUUAUGAGAAAAGUACGAGUCGAGGCGAUGCUAUGGGGUGCUGGUACCGCUUUAGGCGAAUUACCCCCAUAUUUUAUGGCUCGGGCUGCACGACUCAGUCGUCAGGGUGACAAGGAUUGCGACCAGGGUCAAGAUCAAGAAGAGUUGAAGGAACUUGAAGCCUUAGAAGCGCUGGAAAAUGGAGAAAAAUGUGUCUCGUUAGCAAUGCGCGCGAAACUAGCUAUGAAACAUUUUGUUCAAAAGGCGGGCUUUCUGGGAAUCCUUGCUUGCGCCUCUAUUCCAAAUCCACUGUUUGAUCUUGCUGGAUUGACGUGUGGACAUUACCUUAUUCCAUUUUGGACCUUCUUUGGUGCGACAUUGGUGGGAAAGGCAGUCGUAAAAAUGCACAUACAACAAUUGGCAGUAAUUGUUGCAUUUAACGAGGAGCUCUUAGACAAAGUAAUUGCCUUACUGGCAGUUAUACCAGUUAUCGGCCCGAAGUUUCAGGAACCGUUAAAGCGAUAUCUAGUUGAACAAAAACGAAAAUUACAUGACAAGUCAUCCAUAGAAGGUACUACAACAAUUUCUUGGCUUUUUGACAAGUUUGUCAUGCUCAUGGUGUGCUAUUUUCUGGUCACAAUAAUUCACGCCCUGGCACGUAAUCACCAUCGUCGACGUACAAAGUCAUCCGCCGAUUAAUUUUUAGAAGAAUUUAGAACAAGGACUGAAAAAUAACUAUAAAGGUGGAAGGCAGCACUGGAAUAGAAGCAUAAUUAGAAAAACGCGUGCGUGGAUGAUCAGAGUAAAUUAGUAAUGAUUGCUCGUUCGUCGUCAUGUUUAGUAAUGAAUAAUAACUAAUAGAUAUCACAUAAGAUAUCAAUUCAUAUUUUGAUACCUACGUAGCUAGGCUAGCUAAUCUAGGUACAUUUUAGAGCGACUUAUAAGAACAACAGUUUGCUCAAUAAGAGUGCUACCGAGUGAAGACCACAUUAGAUUGCGCUCACUUUGGCAAAACAGAAAGACAAAUAAUUUCCUAAGUAUGAAUAUGAUCCGGAGUGUGAUUCUUGUUUAUGAAUAGUAUUUCCUAUUGGGUUUAAGGUAGUCUAAGUUGCGCGUGGUACAUAAAAAAAAGAAACAAACAUGUCCAAUAAAACAUCAUAUACAUACCAUACAAACAUAAUGCAAUAACAUACUUUCUGAAAAAUGACUGAUACGACAGAAGAUUUACGGUGUAUUAUUUUUUUCCUUCAUCAGCUGUAUUGGAUAUCAUUGAAAUAAAGUGAAUUCCAAAUUUUUAACCCAAGUUAAGAAAUAACCGCAGACUAAUCUUCAACACACCAAUUUCUCAUAUUUAGCUUACGUCAAGGUAAUCCACAUCGAUAUACUUAUAAAGGCCUUGUUCAAUGUAUAAAAAUAAUUAAUUUAAGAACUGUAUCGUUCCGCUAUAAUUUUAGUGCAUCAAUAUAGUUACUGAACUGCAAAAGCAUAGGAGACACCAAAAA